AUGUCAAGCAGCACGGGCGCGGCGCAACUUACCGCCCAAAUAGGGGGAAUCCCAACCAUCAAUCUCGAUGUGCCCAUCUGUGCGGUAUUCAUCGCGCUCUUCGUUGGGCUCGCAGCGGGUCAUAUGACCCUAUUGCAGCUCAACAAUAGACGGAAACACAAGUUCCUCUUCUCAGGGAUGCUGUUCGGCUUCUCCAUGAGUCGCAUCAUGGCCAACGUCUUUCGCAUCGCCUGGGCUACACAACCUGCCAACGCCGAUCUCUCCCUCGUUGCCAGCGUUUUCCUUAACGCCGGUAUCCUCCUCGUUUACAUCAUCAAUAACCUCCUCGCGUGGCGUAUGGUCCGCUCCGCCGUCCCCCACGUAGGCUGGCAUCCCGUCCCUCGCAUCCUCAACAAGAUCUUCCUCUGGAUCGUCGUCGGCAUGAUCAUCCCCCUCAUCGUCAUCAUCGUCCUCCGCGUCAAGAACCCCACCCUGUCUGGUAUCGGAACGGCAACCACGGUCGUCUCCCGCCUGGCGCAGACGUACUUUCUCCUUAUCUCCCUCUCGGCGGCGGUCCUCCUUGCUUUUGCGGUCAUCAGGAAGCGAAAGGACCACGAUCCAUUCGGACACGGAUCAUUCAAUGCCAAAGCGGCGAUCCUCGCGGUAUCUAUCGCGUUGGCCACGAUAGAGGCGGGCUUCCGGUGCGGGACGGCAUGGGCACCCACUCCCCUGGCAUCAGACCCGGCGUGGUGGGACUCCAAGGCGGCGUUCUACUGCUUCAACUUCAUGCUGGAUGUGUUGAUCUUGGGGGUGUUGCUGGCGGGGCGGAUAGAUCGGAGGUUUCACGUGCCGAACAAGGCGGAUGGGCCGGGGAGCUUUUCUGGGGUCGCAAGGGUCGGCAGUGGGUCAGAGAAGACGGCACAGAGGGAUGUCGGGAGCACAGAUGAGACGAGAGUGUAG